AUGACGGCCAUAAUAUACCAGAAUCCUGCCUGCGACGUCACGCUCAUCGACAUACCCAAAUCAAUAGCUGGAGCCCAAGGGAGGUCUGAUGAUAUCGAAAUCAUUUCAUGCCCGCCACUUGAGGAACCGUAUGAAAUUCGCAAUGAGCCGAAGAAACCGAAAGCUCGCGAGAAGCAUGCGGCCUACUCUGAAACACAGGUUCACACAGAAUACAAGGCCGCGAUCGAGCUGGCCAUGUCGAGCAUUCGGUGCAACCUGCAUCCCGGUGGGUCUUGGUGUCUCCCACGCAAAUUGAUGACCCAGGCACCAAAUUGCGGGAAAACGGAGAAGGAGGUCGCAGAAAAGGAUAUCGAAGCGCGGCUGAGGGAGUGGAGUACAAGUAAGGGAGACGACGAUGAUGCGUUCAACUUUGAAAAGAUGAUGGCCUCCCUCGGCGCUGCAUCCGAGGCGAAUGCAACGUCGAUCGAAACUGCGACACAUGCGUGGCUCGUGUCGUACGGGCCUGCAGUCGGGUCCACGACAGAGGCACAUGGCGAUGAAUCGGUAUCAAGCAAGGAUCCUUGGAUGUCGUACUUUUACAAUUCGCAAAAUCGCGCAGCGGACUUGACCGUUUCUGCGAAUCCAUCUCACUCGGAGGGGGCACCGCAUGAGUACAGUUUCAAGAUCCCACCUCGUGCCUCCUUCUUCUUGAGUGAUUCCACCGAACCGGGCAGCUUUCGUGCUUCGUUCCGCGAACUCACAGAGGAGUAUGUUCUACCACGACACUUCGAUUUCGUUCUUCUGGAUCCUCCUUGGCCGAGUGGCUCGGCGAAGCGUAAGGUCGCUUACGAGCAGAUUGGCGGCAUGCCGUACAUGCGGAAGCUCCUGUCAAAACUGGAUCUCGACAAUUACCUAGAACACAAUGCUAUUGUCGGUGUCUGGAUUACCAACAAGCAAGCAGCACGAGACCUUGUCCUUGGGCCCGGCGGACUGUUCGAGAACUGGAAUGUCGGCCUGAUUGAGGAGUGGAUCUGGGUCAAGACGACGUCCAAGGGAGAACCUAUGUUUAGCAUGGACAGUAUCUGGCGCAAACCUUACGAGACACUGCUACUAGGAAGAGCGGCACCGAACUCAUGGACGACGAUGGCGUCUGCGCCUGAAAUCAAAAGAAGAGUGAUUGCUGCGGUGCCCGACAUUCACUCACGAAAGCCUUGCUUGAAGGAGCUCAUUGAACCCCAUCUACCGCCUGACUACAGUGCACUGGAAAUAUUUGCACGCUACUUGGUGGCUGGGUGGACAUCCUGGGGAAACGAAGCUAUCAAGUUCAAUUGGGAUAAGUACUGGACUACCAAGCGCGAGGACGAUGGAGCUCCACCUCCACCGUCGCCGCCACAUGAGCUCCAAUCGUGA